GCUCCCCAUCGGCUCAGGUACUGUUCAGCUACACCCAAGGUCCUCACCAAGAGACUAUAAGAUCAUGCAUCACCAGGAGAAUCUGCCAUGCACCGUCAUUCCCUUCCUACAUCUCCUCCAUCAUUCCUGUCACCAUGACUACCUUUAACGCGUCCGAGGUGAACCUCCACACUGCUAGCAAAGAGGACGUGCUGUGUUAUUAUGCCGUCUCGGAAAAUGACUACAACGGCCACAUGGGAGCCCGCAUCUCCUCCAUCUUUGUUAUCCUCUUCGUCUCCACGGCCUUUACCUUUUUCCCAGUCGUGGCUAAACGCAUGCCUGGAUGGAAGAUCCCUCACAGCGUCUACAUCUUUGCCCGCUACUUCGGUACAGGUGUCAUCCUGGCCACGGCCUUUGUCCAUCUCCUAGACCCAGCCUACAAGCGAAUCGGUCCCAAGACCUGUGUGGGAGUCUCUGGCUACUGGGCCGAUUACUCCUGGUGUGCAGCCAUUGUGCUCGCCUCGAUCACGCUGAUCUUCCUUCUCGAUCUGGCCGCGGAGGUGUACGUCGAGCACAAGUACGGCAUGCACCGGGAUGAAAACGCCACCAACGCCUUUAUCACGGGCGAUCCCACCACCACCCAUAUCCACUCCAACCCCGAGGAUGGCCAUGGGUCCGCAGAAAAAGACACUCCCACCGAGACGACCGAAGAAACCUCGUCGGAAAUGGCCGAUCGCUCAUUCCGGCAACAAAUCGCAGGCUUCCUGAUCCUCGAAUUCGGCAUCAUCUUCCACUCGGUCAUCAUCGGUCUGAAUCUAGGCGUCACCGGCUCCGAAUUCGCGACCCUAUACCCCGUGCUCGUAUUCCACCAGUCCUUCGAGGGUCUGGGUAUUGGCGCUCGACUCUCGGCCAUCCCGUUCGCGCACCGCGUCUACCUCCCCUACUUCCUAUGUCUGGCAUAUGGAUUGACCACUCCGAUCUCCAUCGCCAUCGGGCUGGGACUGCGAACCACCUACAACCCGGGCUCCAAGACCUCCUUGAUCAUCCAGGGUGUGUUCAACGCAGUGUCAGCGGGUGUGCUGAUCUACAGUGCGCUGGUGGAGCUGCUGGCACGCGACUUUAUCUUCGAUCCUUGCCGAACCCGUCGUCGCUCCAAGUUGCUGUACAUGGUGUUUUGCACGUUGUUGGGUGCGGGCAUUAUGGCUUUGAUUGGAAAGUGGGCGUAAUGAACCUGUAUACAAUCAUUCAGACUGUAUGAAUUGAUGGAC